ACUUAAUUCUUUUUCUUACUUCUCCACAAUUUUAUGCUCACCAGUUAAUUAAGCUAGAGUUUACAUCUUUUGAUUUUCUAACUAGUUUUGCUGUUGCACAUUAACAUAGUAUCAAAAAAGUAGGAGGUACCUAGUGUACUCUUCAUCUCCUGUAGUAAGUACUACUGUGAGUGGCUCAAAACUAUUCUGUUUGCAUUUUGAGCAUACAGAUUGGGACGGUUCUUUUAGCAUAAGUUUUAUGUUGGUAGAUUUAUGGAUUACAAAUGAUUUGAUUAGGUAAUAUACAAAUUCCCAUUUCUCACAAAACUCCCCGAUUCAGGUUGGGCCUGGAUCGAUCAUCAAAAAGUUUAAAGUAAUAAAAAAUUCCACAAAACAAAAUAAUGGAUGUAAUGUAUAAAAUUAGUAAGACCAUGCAUGCUCUUUUGAAUUUUUGAUACAAUGUUUAAAUAAAAAGUAUAAAUUAGCUUGUAUUGAGAAAUAUACUGAGAUAUUAAAGAAUUAAAGAGAAAAUAAAAUACUCAUCUUUUUAAACAUGAUAUAAUAGAUGAAAAAAAAGAACCUAUGUUUUUAAGAAAUUGAACUUUUUAAUACCAUUUGCAUUCCUUUCAAAUAUUAAAAUUUUUUUACAUGAGAAAUUUAAUAAGUUGAAAGAUAAACUUCCUUUUGCUGUAAUGGAGAAGAUAUUCUGUGCUUUUUCUAGUUUCUAGUCUCAGUGUGAUCUAACUAUUCCCUUUCUGGUUAUUUGAACUUUAUCCUGUUUGCAAAUUCUCAUUUUUUUUGUCCUACAUCCAUUAGUUUCUUGCUGACCUAUGACUCUCUUCGUCUUUUUCCAUGAAUCGUUCUUCUCUUCGUCUCCUUUAAUCAUUCUCAAUAUACAUACUGGGGCUCUCAUCAUAAUGGUCUGAUCAUGACAUGAAAUCCAACCACUACGUAUCGUGCCCAUUGAUCAGAUAGGGUUUGAAUUAAUCAAAAUUAUUGGUUAGUAGAUUGAUGACCUAGACCCAAAUUUUUGCAGAUCUAGUUAAAAGAUUGCUAUGCCUACAUACUAUACCAACGUUAAGGUGGCAUGAGGUUUGCAUGCAUGCCAUGCCCCUUGCAUACCAUGGUAUAUUCCUCAGGAGGGUCAUGAAACUGAAUGACACAAGAUAUACAUAUUACUACAGUAUGUGUCAAGUUGUUCGGUACCAUAUGGGCGAUAUGGGGAUGGGGCAUUUACAUAAAUUUAAGUUGAAUUUCUGGAAUUUACCCUUUGGUAUCUAUUUGUCUCUAGAUGCUCAAUUUUGACUUUGCACAACCUUUUACAGAAUUAAGUCAGUUGAGUGAUAACUAUUCAGUGAUUAGCCUAUGUUAUAAGACUAAUAGCAAAGUUGGAUGAGAAUCUAUAUUCAUAUGUGAUAAGAGAGAAUAUUAGUGGUUUUAUAGAGUUUAUAAUUGGUUCUUGAAAGAAGGUGAUGGAACUCUAUUGGGAAUUUUCCAUGUUUCACACGAGAUUGAUUUACGGGACAUUAUUGGAAGAGGGAGAUAUUUAAGCAUAGCAAUAAUUUUGAAGUACAAUGUGGCAAGUUGAUGACUGUUUAGUUCUAUGUUUUUAAGAAUUCUCUGACUUGCAUAGAUUUUCACUUAACAAUUGUAAUUAAAUUGAGAGUUUUCAGAUAUGGAAGUUAAUACUAGGAAUGAGAUGCACUUGCCCUAGUUAUUCAAUUGAUUUUUUUUUAUUCAUCUCUGUAGUUGAAUACCUCAUUCAAGAACUAUUUUUCAGCCUACCUGUAGGAAUCAAUAGAAAUCCACUUUAAUUAUUUGAUUCCUCUUUACCUACAAAAACUCGUAUUUGAUAAAUAAUUUAUUAUUUUACUCUAAGCUCCAGUUUUUCUAGUGAAAACAUAUCACCCUAAGUAAAUCAUCUCAUGGCUAUUGAGGAUGAAUCAAAUCAUAUGAUUGUAUUUCUUAAUCUUUCUAACUUACUUUUAUGGUAUUAAGGUUGAAAGGUCUUUUAUAACCGCUGAUGAAUGACGGUAUUGAUUCAUGGGUUGGACUGGUACAUACAAGUCAAUGCCAAUCUUGGAACUGCAUCCACAAUAUUGUAUUAUACACUAUGUGUCAUUGAUGCAUCUUUGUGGUAACAAUUGUUGCCUUAUCCUCAUUAAGAACACUUGUCCGAGGAGCCUUGUGAGACGAGUAUGAAUGUGACAUGUAUAGUUAGGGAUGUUGGAAUGCACUAUAACUUUUGUUGCCAUUAUUGACUUGUUGAUAUGUAUCAUAAGAACGAUUAAACUCAAAAAAGAAUGAGCAACUAUCACCAAACAUCUAAUGACCAUAGGAUCCUCCAUAAUAUAAAGGCUAUAAAUACGAUGAACUCUCAUUAAUGCCAACAUCGUAAAGGUUCUAUCGAAUCCGCCCAAAGUCAUUGACUACCUUUCCUUUUCUUUUAUCCUUUUGACUAUAAAUGAUAUAUGUGGAUUCUUGAGCUAUGAUUUGAAUUUUGGUUGACAUGCAUAGAGUGCUUCUCCUUUGUGUUGAAUCUCGAAUUUUGAUGAUAAAAUCAAUUGAUGAAGUUAUGAACUAAUAUGCGUUUAAGAUAAGUGACGCAGGAAAAACUUUGAUCGUGGACUUGAAUCAUGGAAGCAGAAUCUAACGUUGUGUCGGAGAGCAUCAUGUCGGAUGAUUGGUCAACGUGCUAGAGGAUAAACUUCGUGCCAUGAGUUUGAGUAUCGGGCUAGAAGAAUCGGGUAUUGCACUAAGAUGAUCGGGUGUUACGGGAAGUCAACAUACCGAUUGGGCAGUAUGUCGAAUGAGAGGAUGAAGUGCCGAAGGAUCAGACGAAGUGCCGGUUGUACUAAUGACAUACCGGACAACGUAGGCUUCAUGAUUAUAAUUAAGUCUUGGUCAAAGUUUAGAGUCUAAUUGAGUCGGUUUUGGGGUGUAACCAUGCCAACUCAAUUAGGGGCCCAUUGGGCCUGAGUUUGGAUUGUUUUGGGCCAAGUAGAAGGCCUAUUCAAUAACAAGGUUAGGUAGAAUCACCUAUGAGCUGGAAAAGUCGAGGGCACACUUUUCCAAGCUGUUAGGCGAUGGUAUCGCCAGACUUAGCGGUGGUACUGCCUAGUGUCAGUGUGUCAGGCGGUGGUACUACCCAGCACAGGCGAUGGUACCGCCUAGUGGCAAUGCUACAGACGGUGGUACUGCCCAGCAUAGGCGAUGGUACUGCUAGGACUCGGAAAACUCGAGAUGAGACCUUUUUUGGCUCUAUUUUUGAAACCAUUUGGGGUCUAUAAAUACUCCAGUUAUUUCUGCUUGGGAGAGCACGAAAUUGAGUUGAAAGGGGGGAAAGAAUACUUGAGAAAAAUUGAAAAUUCUCUUAGGAUUUAGAGUCUAUUUCUCCUAGAGUUAGAAAUUUUCUAACGGAGGAGUGAGGUCUAAAAGAGAGGUGGAAAGGUUCUCUCCUGAGCCUGUGAAAAGGAGAAAGAGUUGUAAGAGGGUAGUUGAUCUUCGCCCGUUGAAAGAAGAUCGGUAGUGAAUGCCGGUGGCCUCGACGAAAGAGGAAUCGGGAGUGAACGUAGGUCACGACGACUGAACCACUAUAAAUCUGGUUUGCAUUUACUUUAUGCUUUUCAUUUACAUUGCAAAUUGAUUUCUUACUUUCACUAUGCUUACAAACGUGUUUUCAAGUUAACAUCUUUCCGAUAUGGGCUUUAUCUAACAAAGUUUUCGAAUCGACGUAAUUUUACGAAAGCACUAAUUCACCCCCCUCUUUUAGUGUCGAUUUCAGUCCUAACGGUUGGUAUCAUAGCCAAGUUUUUCUUAAUUGAUUUAACACCCAAGAGAAUGGCUUUUACUGGCAAUCUAGAGGGUCACUCUAUCAUUCGUCCUCCUAUGUUCAAUGGGACGGACUAUACGUAUUGACAAACACGAAUAAGAGUUUUCUUGCUUUCUAUGAAUUUUAAUUUAUGGAAUAUCGUUGAAAAUAAUUUUUAAAAGUCUUUUAAACCAAUGAAUGAAUGAAAUGAUUUGGAGAAGAAAAUUUUUUCUUUAAAUACUAGAGAUAUGAACGCUCUAUUUUACGUUUUAGACAAAAAUAAGUUUAAUUGUAUUUCUUUAUGCGAAACUGCACAUGAGAUUUGAUGCACACUAGAAGUAACUCAUGAAGACAUGAAUAGAGUUAAAGAGUCUAAAAUAAAUCUUUUGAUGCAUAAUUUUGAAUUGUUUCGAAUAAAGCCAAGUGAAAUUAUUGUUGACAUUUACACCUAUUUUACGGAUGUCGUCAAUAGUUUGAAAGCUCUUGGAAAAUGGUUUUUUAAUCUUGAACUUGUAAACAAGAAUCUAAGAUCUCUUCCAAAGAGUUGAGAUCCAAAAGUAACGGUAAUACAAGAAGCAAAGGAUUGAACAACUUUCUGCUUGAAGAACUUAUCGAUUCUCUAAUGACAUAUGAAAUGAUAUAUUUGGCACAUGACGAACAUGAGAACAAUCUUCCAAAGAAUAUGAAGGAUUUGACACUUAGAAUAAAAAAAGAUCACUCGAGUAAAAGCUCAAGUGAUGAUGACCUUGAACUCCUCACAAGAAACUUCAAAAAAUUCAUAAAACAUGAACUUAAGAACAAAAACGAACUUAAAAAUAAGAAGCUGCCAAAGAAGAAGAAAAUACUUAAGGUGACUUGGGACGAAUCGAGUACAUCCAAAGACGAGGAGCAAACCAACAAAGGCGAGGUGGCGAACUACGUCUUAAUGGCUCUCGAUGACGAGGAGCUCAUGACAAGGCAUAAAUCAACUGUUGCGGAAUAUCUUUCUAAAAAUUAUGAAUGGGUAAUUGAUCUCUUUCUUCUGGGUCUGGAGGCUUUUUUCCUCAUUUUUCUUAUUAUGGAAUUUAACUCAAGGCUGUUAUCAUCUCCCAAUUACAUCACAAGAAGGCAAGCUAUCAAGCUUUUAGGUGACAUAUUACUGGACCGGUCAAAUUCUGCAGUUAUGGUGCGCUAUGUUAGCUCAAAAGACAAUCUUAUGAUUCUAAUGAAUCUCCUCAGGGAAUCAAGUAAGAAUAUUCAGAUAGAAGCAUUUCAUGUAUUUAAGUUAUUUGUUGCUAAUCAAAAUAAGCCACCUGAGAUAACAAGCAUUUUGACUACAAACAAAAGAAAACUUCUUCGUCUACUCCAAGAUCUCAAAUUAGACAAAGAAGACGAACAGUUUGAAGGAGACAAAGCCCAAGUCAUCCAAGAGAUAGAAGCACUUGAUUAAGAGAAUCUCUCUUUAAUUGAGUUCGUGGAGUGCUGUUAUUUUUCACUCUUAUGCUGGAACUUGGUACCACACUUAUUCAAUGAUUUCCUGUAUGGUAUGCAGUGCUAUAUGUUUUAUCUACCAAGAAGGAUGACGAUGAUAUAUGUUACUGUUGUUUCUUUCCAUAUUUCAUCACGCCUCUUUAUAUGCUGGCUAUUGUUGUGCAAUCAAUCAUAAAGACUUUGUAUUGGGGAUGUGAUUGAUUGCAUUCUUUUGUUUCUUGGCCAGAAAAUUAAUAAAGCAUAGGCAUUCUUUCGUUUGUUCA